GUCCUUCUUCACGAAUAGACUUGGCUUGGAGUAAAGACUAAAGUAGCAUCCACAAUGUCCGCAGAGUGAGUAAAAAUCACGUAAGCUGUCAUGUUACUGCUGCUGUCAGAUAAAGGAAACAACGAGUAAGAUAAAAAGAAUAAAAGAAAGGAAAAAAAUCGCACAUUUUCGAAAUGUACGCGCAACAACUUCGCUGGCCUCACACAGCACAAAAUUACGUUCCGAUAGCGUAGUGCGCCGCAGCUAUAUAGUGAAUAAAGCAGUUUUUCGUAAUUUUUUCGAACGCGUGCAGACGACGAGUUUGUAUACAUAUAUAUGACGUGAAAAUUUACUCUCCUCGGAGCAGUGCUAGAGUAGUAGUUUAGUGUUCCAAUCGAUUACAUUAUUUUUUUACUCCCGAAGGCGAAGAAAGACACUUUACAUGUUAGUGCGUCAGAGAUUGAAAACACGAAUUUUAAGGUGAAAUCGUGUCGUAGCUGUAGUAGAAGAGGUCCGUAUUGUUUGUGCGUUUUCGUGAGAUUUGGCUUCCACAAGCUCGUGUGUGAAUAUAAGUAUUCGUAUACUUAUUUAUCGGAUGCCUUGCGUCGUGAAAACAAACAGACAGAAAAUAGAAUAACAUUCGAGAGAUGUAUAUGUAAAAUACAUAUUGUAGGUCAAUAAAGAAGAUGCUGUCCCAGUUAUCAGUAACUUCAAAAAAACUGCCUGUCUUUGUAUUUCCACAAAGCAUUACUUUUUAUCUUGAUGACCAGUCUACACACAAACAAAUACUAACUUUGUACAAUCCUUACGAUUUUCCAGUAAAAUUUAAAGUUUUUUCUACUGCACCCAAUAAAUAUGUAGUAGUCGAUCCAGAAGGUAUGAUAAAGUCAUGCUGUUGCGUUGAUAUUGUCGUGCGACAUAUGGCACUAACGCCAAUAAACUGUACAGUUGACAAAUUUAGGAUUCAGAUGCUUGAACAUCCAACAAAGCAAAUAAUAGGAAAAAGAGAUGUUGAAGCCAAGGUUGUAAGUGGAAUCCCAGAACCCUUAGAAAGAGUUACACCUGAUCCAGAUUUGUUCCAGCAACUUCCAAAUACUGGAAAAAAUCAACAGUCUUAUGCUCUAAUGACUCAUAAUAAAACAAUCAACAGAGAUACAAAUUAUGUAGCUCUAAUUGUCGCUAUAAUAUGUAUAGCAGGAUUAUUAUUACCAACUCAAGGGGAACUGAAUAAUCGAAUACCAGACUACCUUCAUUUGACUACCAAUAUUAAGUUAAUUCUUUCUUUUGUAUUAGGUAUGGUGACGAUAAUAGUUUUGAGGCUUUAAUAUUUUUAAAUCCUUUUAAGAAUUUUAAGCUUGUGAUUUGAAUAUCACGCACACAAAUUAAAUGAUAAGCUUAAUCAUGUUUUUCCAUGUGUUGUAAAAAUAAUAUUUAUUAUUGAUUGACAUAAUAUAAUGGAAAAUUAGUAAUGAUAGAGAUGGAUGAUUAUCUUGGAAUUCGAAACUUGGAACAAGAUGCACAAGUGUUCUUUUAUAACAUUUAUAAUUUGUAAAUUUACUUGUCGUUCCUCAUCUAGAAUGCUAGUCUGUAAGUUUUGGCCUAUUGGAAUAAGGAGCAAUAUUUUUAUACAUACUCAAGAAAUAAAAUUUUGACAUUUUUUACCUCACAAAAAGUAUGACUAAGUUCUAUUUUUAUUUAUAUACUAUUUACGUUAUUUCUGUACCAACAACUAUUUUAUAAGUGUCUGAAU